GCCUCUAUAAAUUCAUGGGUAUCCAACAGCGGCAGGAUCCGGCAGCUUGUGUUGUAGAGGGAGCUUGCAGUAUAAAUAGAGACCACGCAGAGUCGCAGAGGAGCGGCAGGGAGUUGUUGCUUACGGGGGAGGAUUUGAGGAGAUGGAGGUGCAGCCGGAGCUGUCGCUGGGGAUGUCGGCGCCGGCAGCGGGCUUUGCUGUUGUGAAGAGCCCCAGGAGCUCGUCGUCGGACUCGGACGGCAGCGGCGGGAAGAAGAGGAAGCACUUCGCAUGGAGGGAGGAGGCCAUGUCCCAUGCAAGCGGCCUGGAGCUCCAGCUCGGCGACCCUCUGCCGCCGGACUGGGAACAGUGCCUCGACCUGCAUUCUGGGAGGAUGUACUACCUGAACAGGAAGACCAUGAAGAAGAGCUGGGUGAGGCCGAGGUCGUCCAACAAGGAGGAGCAGGGCGCCCUGAACCUGGAGCUCAACAUCUCCACGACCCCUUCCAUCUUCGACGGCAAGGCUAGCUCCAUCGGUGCUGCCGUUGCGGACGAGACCAGAAGCCCGAAUGGCGGCGGCCACAUGGUGGCCGUGCCCUGCGCCAACUGCCACCUCCUCGUCAUGCUCUGCAAGUCCUCCCCGUCGUGCCCCAACUGCAAGUUCGUGCAGCCGUCGGUGCCUGCCAUGCCGCGGACGCCUCCCCGCCGGCUUGACGCCGUCAAGCCGCUGGAGACCCUGAGCCUCCUGCACUAGGCUUGCACCGUGCAAGCGGGGCAGGGCAAGCAGGCCACUGUAGAAAGGGGAGACAGCAAGUGAAAACUGAAACUAAGUUGCUCAAAACUCAAAUAGUAGUGGUGAGAUAGAUGAGCUAGAUGGGGGACUGUGUGGGUAUAACUGUAAGGGUGCUGCACAUGCUGCAACUUAAAUGCAAGUGAGGCGACCAAGUAGUAAUUAAGCAAAAAUCAAUUUAAGCAUCCUCUGUUUCGAUCGACAUUAUA